GUAUCUAGAGGCUAUAUGACCUCAGCACAGCUCCUUACCAGACACAGCAGGCAGUCCCAGCCACACAGCAGACACAAUAGCCUCCACAGUGCACACGCUCAGUGCAGACCGAGAAUUAUGGAGCAGGGACCUUACAAGUACAUGAGGGACGGCAGUGGCAAGGUGUGUCGGGUCAUUCGGAUUGGAACCCGCAAGAGCCAGUUGGCUCGCAUCCAGACUGACAGUGUGGCGGCAAAGUUGAAAGAACUGAACCCUGACAUCAACUUGGAAAUAGUUGCCAUGUCAACGAUAGGAGACAAAAUCCUUGACACAGCUUUAUCUAAGAUUGGAGAGAAGAGUUUGUUCACCAAAGAGUUGGAGAAUGCUCUGGAGAGGAAUGAGGUUGAUCUGGUUGUUCACUCGCUGAAAGACCUUCCCACCACUCUGCCUUCAGGAUUCACCAUCGGGGCUGUGCUGAAGAGAGAAAACCCCCAUGAUGCAGUUGUUUUACACCCAAAACAUAUUGGGAAAACUCUUGAGACUCUGCCAGACAACAGUGUGAUUGGCACCAGUUCACUGCGCCGCGCCGCUCAGCUGAAGAAGAGAUUCUCCCACCUGGAGUUCAAAGAUAUUCGUGGGAACCUGAACACGCGUCUGAAGAAGCUGGACGAGAAGGCGGACUUUGCUGCCAUCAUCCUGGCUGCUGCCGGCCUCAGGAGAAUGGGUUGGGACAACCGGAUCAGCCAGAUCCUUGGGCCUGAAGACUGUAUGUACGCUGUUGGACAGGGGGCUCUUGCAGUGGAGGUUCGGGCCAGAGAUGCAGACAUCCUGGAGAUGGUGUCCGUCCUCCAUGACCCAGACACUGUGCUACGCUGCAUAGCUGAGAGAGCUUUCCUCAGACACCUGGAGGGUGGGUGCAGUGUUCCGGUGGCUGUACACACCGAAGUGAAGGACUCCCAGCUCUACCUGACGGGGGCGGUGUACAGCCUGGACGGAUCAGACAGUCUGAAGGAAACCAUGCAGACUUGCAUUGCUGCUGAUGACAAGAGCAUAGAGGAGGUGGACGAGCAGUUCCAGCGGGUGGGAGUCACAGCCAGCAAGAUUUCUGGUGAAGCCCAGGACAGGGCUGAGCGACUGGGGAUCGACCUGGCCAACUUACUGCUGAGCAAAGGAGCCAAGGAGAUUCUGACAGUGGCCAGGCAGCUCAACGACGCCAGAUAAUCCUCCUCCGGCUCAGGGGCAGGGCUCCGGAGGUGACCAGGUCCUCAGGUGCAGUCAGUCACAGCCUUGUGUCAAGUAAAAACUAGAAUUCCUUUUAUGUUACACAUUUGAAGUUGCGUGAGAAUAAAUAAAUAAAAACUGACUUACUGUGGCACCAGGUUAUCUCAGUAAAUGGCAGAUACAUUUUUGAGGAUUUUAAACACUACUCGGACCAAAGCUCAGUGUGGUAGAAAGAGCUUACUGGGAUUAUCAGUGAAAAGCACAAAAUGGCCUUUAAAUAUUGUCGUCAGCAUUUACAGUACCAUCACUGGCUGAUAUCGUCAUGGUGAAACCACUUUUUUUUUUCUUUUUCUUUUUUUUAAAGCAUGUCAGUAUAGUAGCACUAUCAGUAAAUGGGAUGCCACUAAAAAUUCAGCAUCCUCAAAAAAUGUCCCUCACAACCAAGGAUGUUUCAUCAGCCUCUAUUAUUGUUCCCCACAAGCUCUUCUCUCAGCUCUUAGCUGCAUUGUCAUUUGGAAAAGCUGACUUUUGAUGGAACCAAAGAUGAGUUUGAGAGCAUGUGUUCACAUUUUGUGGUUCAGAGCCGCCAACACUACAGUGAAAUAGGCCUCGUUGAGGUGUGAAGAGUUACGAAAUGCCAAUCAUAAUCUCUAUGGCCACGAGUCGACAGUGACUUUCUUUCUUGAGCUUCUUCCUGACCACAAGUACUUGAUCAGACCUCUUCCAUGGAAAUAAUAAAGUGUACUGUACAGUAGGUCUCAGAUUGAGUGGUGUUUUAUCAUAUUGGCCUCCUGAAAAAUAAUUUCACUUCUUCAUUCAGCUCAUGUUGAAUGGGACAUUUUCAACUGAGGAGGUUCACUGCUUUUAAGAGUAUGUUACAGAGAGAGAAUAUAUUUAUUAUACAUGAUGAGAAGCUGGAUACUUUUUUUGUUUACCCCACCUGUGGCCCAGCUAGUGGGGUACAGCUGCUUUGUACUGAACCUAAUAUGAAGUGCAGCCCCACUGCAUGACUGGAGAUUACUUGUUUAACACUGGAGCAGUCCCGGCAUCUGUUUUUAGUUUUCAGCUCAGAUAUUCUUUUGUAUAGCAACAGUUUGUCCUUUUCAUGCUUUGCUGAUAUUGCAUCUGUAAUGCGAUAUCACUACAGAAUGGCUUGCAGCAUCACAUUAAGCAUCAACUAUGAGCUUGUGAUUUUUAAAUAUGAUGUCCAGUUGUGGAUAUACAGUAGUAUAAUCGACUGAUUAAAAUGUAAAAAAGAGAGCACAGCAGCGAACUUACUCAUUGGCUUUCACGUACUGGCUAUGGGUUGAAUUACUGUUGUGCUAGAGAUGCAAACAAAUGUUAUUUAACUUAACUGAAAAAAAAUUACAGAUUAUUUCUAUAAACCAUCACCAACAGUGUUUUACAGCUGUAUUGCUACACUCAUUACACUGACUGACUGGCCAUUACGGUCUCAUUCAUUCAGAUAGUAUGUUGUGGUGUAGUUCUACUAAAGCACUGUUUCAUUCACCAAACAAAACAAAAAUGAAACGCCUUAUUGCAUAAUUCUAGCUUCUGCAUCUCAGAAUUAUAAGAUAGUUUUCUUGUAAUUACGAGAUGAAGAACCUGUCAUCAUGGGAAACUAUUCUCGUAAUUAUGACUUGUAAUUUUGACUUAGUAUCAUAAUGACAACAUCCAUAUCUCCUAAUUAUGACAUCGGUAUCUCGUAAUUAUGAGAUAUGGACCUCAUACUUACGGUACAUUUUUCUUGUAAUUAUUAGACCGUUUCUCAUAAUUUUCCUUACGUCCUAAUUAUGAGACUAAGUCAUUAUUACGAGAAUAGAUACUUUUGUGAAUGCAAUGCACGUCUGUAUGGUUCAUCCACAGCUAUUCAAAGUGUUUGUUUUUAUGAAAUUAACAAAGAAAUGAACAUUUGUUUUUGCUGUACUGUUGUCAUAUAAAAUGAUGUACUCGACAUAUCAAAAACUGAAGUGCUUCCAAAAGCAACAGAUUUUCAAAAGCAAUAGAUUUCCAAACUUGUUCACCUGUAAAGUGUAACACCUUAAUGACUUGCCUUAGUUUCUAUCAAAGUGCCAUCUCAGUAAAUGUAUCAUUUCUGCAUAUAUUUAUCAUAUUGUUUUUUUUUCUUCCUUCAUUCUGCUUCAGUUUACCAACUGUACAGUUAGCGUAAUGCCAUAUUGUACUUCCUUUUAUUUUAUAGCUCUCUAUUGAAUAUUAUACUUAAUUUAAACCUCCUGAGACAAUGUGAGGCAAUGUUAGCCAUAUUUGUUUUUCAGCUUUAAUUUCUGUAUGAAUUAACGUAGAAUGUUUCAGUAUUUAGAAUUCUUUACAGUACUUCACAAUACUCAUUGUUACAUUAAUCUGUUAAUGACAAAAUAUUCACGAGUUUUUGUUUUGCCAGCUAUGUGAACAUCGUGUCAAAUGAAACCGCUGAUGUCAAGAAACAAAUGUCAAUAAAGCUGUGUUAUAUCUGUC